AUGGAGUCCCCUUUAACCCAGCAAAGUAGACCUGAAACCUUCAAGCCGAAGAUCGUUCAACUAUACGAGAACCUCUUCCAGACCUCCGAUUAUUCAGAACCCUCCGAGGGCUUUUGGAGGGAAUUCUUUCUGUUGCCGCCGGAUCGUGGCCAGCUCAAUUCCGUACUCGACAAGAUUAGUCCCGAUGACACCCUCAACUUGCAGGUCCAAACGCAGCAACUCUUUGCGCGGGCAAUCCGCGAAGCUGCCUCAGGCUCCAGCCCGGUAGACUCGUACGCCCUGGAGACCCUGACGGUUUUUCUGGCCUGUGUACUGAAGAAAAAGUACACUAACCCCAGCUCGGAUGUCAUCACAGUCCUUGCGGGUCUCGACAAUGUCGACCAGGUCAUGUCCCAAUUUGUCACCAUGUUGGAUGGUACCAUUCGCAACGGUAGCAGUGUCGAUCUCCGAGUCAAGGCGAUUAGAGCAGCUAUCGCAAUGACCAGCGGGGCAUACAAGACUAGUCUUGUCUCGUACUUCACUCAUCGCGACUUGUUCCCUUCCCUCAUGAAGUUCGUCCACGAGUCAGAGACUCCCAUGCAGGUCUUUGAGCCUUUUCUUCUCCUGGGCCUCCUAGCAAACUACAACAAGUUUGAGUUUCAGAACCCAUAUCAGCUGCGUCUGGAUGACUUUGUCAACGAGUCGAGCAUCCAGAAGAUUGUCAAGGCUGUGGGCCUGUCGUGCGCUGCCCUUAGAAACGGCUAUGUGGCUGUACAGGAUGAUUCCCCCGAGGGCUGGACCCUGAUCAGUACUUUGAUCUUCUUUGGACUGGGUGUGUUCAACCCUAGUAAACGGGAAAAAGCCACUCCACCUACCGCGGACGAGGCCAAAGAGAUAUUCGCGACACUACCGGCCCAGCAAGCAGCUAUCCUUCUGGCGACGUACGACUUUGCCAACGCGAACAAGCUCUUCGGCUACCAUCUUCUGACCGCAGCCCCAGAGAAGGACAAUGAAGAGUCACCCUUCGCAAGCUUUCUCUCCAUAACCUCGUACCUCCUACAGCAUGCCUAUCGGUCUCCGAGAGUUGCGCACUACGCCGAACUCAAUCUUUUCACCCUCCGCAUUCUCGCCGAAGACUCGAGCCUGUGCAAGCACCUCUGCAGCGAGGACACCAAAAGAAAGGUCCGGCUCUGCCGGCAAAGACAACCGUAUCUACCUCUCGUCACAGGCGAACGGGUCCUAGCCACCGCCAUAUUCGACAUCAUGAUCGAUACCAUCACGCACAAUCUACGGCGCCGGCUCGACGUCGACAUCUACAGUCAAUCGAUCGCAAUCCUUCUCCGCCUUCUCACAUACCUAUCCAUGAACAAGAUCCGCCUGACAUACCACUGGUCGGAACUCUGGCGCACCCUGCUCUCUCUGAUGCGCUUCCUCACCACCUACGUCUCCGACCUGUCCUGCCACCCGCACAUCAACACCCUCACGACCACCCUCGUCGACCUGAUCGCCCUCUGUGUCUCCACCGGCGACACCUUCCUCCCCGACCCAGCCUCCUACGACGACCUCUUCUACAAGCUCGUCGAGACCGGCCCCAUCAUCACCAAGUUCCGCGACGUCUACUCCCUGAAACCGCAGCCCACCGCAUCCGCCGCCACGGCCGCAUCCAAACUCCCCGACCCCCACGCGCCGACUACCAGCGACAUCCACGUCGCCGCCAUCGACACGCUGAUCUCCGUCUCCACCCAUUUCUACACUCUGCUCUUCAACCCAGACCAGAACCCCCAGGCCGCCGGCGACUCCCCCGCGCCCGUCCCCGCGAACCUGAAGAAGAACCUGAGUCCGCGCGAGGUGCACCGCAUCAUCAAGCAGGGCUACGAGACGCUGAGCAUCCAGCCGCCCGAUGGGCUGAGCGCCUGGACGCGGUGGCGCGAGACGGACUGGAAGACGGAGUUGAAGCGCGCGGCCCGGUGUGCAGUCGAUGACGGCCGGCAGCUGGUUGCGUAG